GACUCAGCUUUGUUUAUUUUGAGAAAAAUUACCAACUGGGAAAAUUCAUUACAUUUCUGUAUAUAUACCAUAACUCGGGAAAAUAGAAGAACCACAGAACAGUUCUCAUUUUUAAACGCUUAAGCUUAUAGUUUGAAGUAUCAAAACUUGAAAGUACAUGGAUCUGUGAUGUCAUCAAAUGGAAUACUUUCCUUACACUUUAAUCAAGAUCAUGGAUGUUUUACUGUUUCAACAGAGUCUGGUUUGAGAAUUUACAAUGUUGAACCAUUGACACAAAAGCUUUAUUUGGGCCAUGAACAUGUUGGGAGUGUUGCCCAUGUUGAAAUGUUAUAUAGAUCUAACCUCUUGGCAAUCAUAGGAGGAGGAAGUCUCCCAAGGUUUGAUGAAAAAGCAGUUUUAAUAUGGGAUGAAUCACAGAAAGAUGUACAAAAGAAAGCUGUGAUGGAUAUCACUUUCUCACAACCUGUUGUUAAUGUUAGAAUGAAAACAGACAGGUUAAUAGUGGUGCUAAGGAACCAAGUUCAUGUGUUUACUUUUCCUAACAAUCCUCACAAACUGGAUUCUUUUGAUACCAGAGAUAAUCCUAAAGGUCUAUGUGAAGUUAGUUCACUUGGACAAACUCUAGCAUUUCCUGGACCAAAAUGUGGAAGUGUUCAAAUUGUGAAUCUAGACACAGCACAGCCAGGUCAGUCUACAGCACCUGUGAUAAUCAGUACCCAUCAGACGGAACUUGCAUGCUUAGCUCUCAAUCAGAGAGGUACUUUAUUGGCAACAGCUUCCAAAAAGGGUACAUUGAUAAGAGUGUUCGAUAUCAAUACAAAGAAGAAGAUAGCUGAGUUCAGGAGAGGAGCUGAUCCUGCAGUAGUAUACUGUAUAAAUUUCAGUCAUGAUUCUGAGUUUCUUUGUGCAUCGAGUGAUAAAGGGACAGUGCAUAUAUUUGCUGUACAAGACAUGGAACUUAAUAGAAGAUCAACAUUUAAGACGAUGGGGUUUUUAGGGACAUAUGUUGAAUCACAAUGGGGUUUGGCUAACUUCACUGUAGCUGCUGAAUGUGCAUGUAUUUGUGCAUUUGGACCAAGCCAUUCUGUGAUAGCAAUAUGUGUUGAUGGGACAUUUCAUAAAUAUGUGUUCACUACAGGCGGCAAUUGUAACAGAGAGGCUUAUGACAAUUUCCUGGAGAUGGGAGAUGAUUUGGAAUAAUCAAUUGUUGUUAAUUGAGUCAGAUUUUAUGUUUAUGAAUAUGUGAUUUGUUAUAUUUAAUUUUCUUUAACUUUUGAAUUCUUUAAGUAAAAGUUUGUUUAAGCUUAUCUGACUCAAAAUGCUAUAUGAGAUAUUGUUAUCAUUAUUUUACCCUUUACAAAUUAAGUUAAGACGUGUACAGGUCUAUUUGUCCAUAAAUUUUAUAUAAAUUAAAAUCCUCAUUUAGUAAGUAAAAUAUAUGAAGAUGUGCAUGAAGCAAAGCAAAAUCUGAUCAUACAUUUUGAAGGGGGGAAAAUUUGACAUCACGGUUGGAAGAUACUUCUAAUACCACCCACAACCAAUAUAAUAUCUUUUAGUAUCUUUGUAUACACCAAAUGGACAUACAACCACAAAAGACCCAAGACCAUGUCCAAGAAUAAAUGUUCCUUCCUACCCACCCACAUUCAUUUUCAUGGAAUAACCAUUAUUAUCAUGGCUUCACAUUUUUCCAACAAGAGUUUUUCAUUUCAAAUCACUUGUUGUUAUUUUUCCUUGAAUAAGUUUUUUUCCAUUAUUUCUUUCUUAAAAAUGAUUUAUUGAUUAUUUAAAAUAUCUGACGAUUGCAAAAAUAUUGAAUUUUGCAUUUCAACUUUAGGUUAUUUAUAGUUUGACUGAUGAGUUUCUAACAUUGAGGAUUGUAUAUGACAUAUAUCUGAUGAGUUUCUAACAUUGAGGAUUGUAUAUGACAUAUAUCUGAUGAGUUUCGAACAUUGAGGAUUGUAUAUGACAUAUAUCUGAUGAGUUUCUAACAUUGAGGAUUGUAUAUUGUUCUUUAGAUUAUGUAAAUUGCUUGCAAUGUUUGGUUGCUUUUUCAAUGGCAAUUUUUUACCUCACAUUUAUUGUGCUCAUAUAAGAAGUAUUUAUAUUAUAAUCAUAUUGUUGCCAUUUCAUAUUUUAAAGAUGGAAUAAAACAUAAUAUUAGUUA